GCCUGAAAUUGGAAAGUUCAUUGUCAUUUGCUGCCUUUAACUCUGUGUGGUUUACUGAGCUCCUUCUCUGGCAUCAUGGUCGAGCAGUUUGUUGGAAAGUGGACGCUUGUUUCCAGCGACAACUUUGAUGAAUACAUGAAGGCUGUCGGCAUGAGCUUCGCCACUCGUCAGAUGGGUAACCUGGCCAAGCCUAACCUGGUGAUCAGUGUUGGUGAUGAUGGGCUUAUUUCAAUGAAGGCUGAGAGCACUUUGAAGACUGCUGCGAUUAAGUUCAAACUGAAUGAGGAGUUUGAUGAGACUACAGCAGAUGGUCGCAACGCAAAGUCCAUCUUCACAAUUGAGAAUGGCAAACUUGUGCAGAAACAGUCCUGGGAUGGAAAGACCACUACCCUGGAGAGAGAGGUUAAUGAUGGAAAACUUACAGCGAAAUGCAUCAUGGACGAUGUCGUUGCAGUCAGGACCUAUGAAAAAGCGGCAUGACAAGACAAAGAUGAAUGCAACCAGUUAUUUGAAGAUCUAAAUAAAACUUAAAUGUGAUGCUAC